AGUCAGUCAGUCGUUGUCAUUUACAUGUGGUGUGUCGCGCGUUGUGCGAAUGUGUUAACGUAUAUUUUAACAUACAUAAUUCGUAUAAUUCAAUAUAUCUAGUAAUAGUUUUCAUAAAGUUGUAGUUAUUAUUAGACGUUAUUAAAUUGGUGGUGACAUAAUGCACGAUAUCAGAUUAUACUGACUUUUUGUUUCGAAUUCUCAGAAUUUGGAUUUUCAUCACUUUUUAACUGAGAAUGUGGUCGUCAACGUUUUUGUUGCUAACCGCGGCCACCUACACAGCAGCAGCUGGAUAUUGUUCAGUGAAUACACUGGCCACUAACACAACGUGGAUGCAGUUCACAAAAGAACCGGUGCCGCUGGAGUACGGCUUCGAAGAUAAAUUCAAAAGUAUCUACUGCUGCGUCAAAGGUUACCGGAGUAUACAGUGGUUCAAAGAUGGGGUGGCGUACCCGUGGUCCGCUGGUGUGUCCAGCUUUAUCCUGUACCCUGAGGCCGCCAACCAAACGCUGUAUAGUCAACGUGCUGCCCGAGCAGACUCUGGAAAUUACACUUGCAGAAUGAGCAACGAGACGCACAGCGAAACACAUACCGUUCGGCUUGAGAUACAAGAAAAGCCCUCGGAUGAACCGAAAACUAUGUUCAUAUCAAAAGACCAGUGGGUAGAGGAGGGUAUGGAUUUACGGCUGUACUGCGAGGCUCUCAUAGGCAGGUCGUACUUGGCGGACGCACGGAGUGAUUUGCGGUGGAUGAAGGUGUGGCCGAAUGGAACGGAAGGUGAUUUACUGAUAACCCAAACGGAAAUUAAGACAAAAAGAGACGACGUCGAGGAUAUAAUUGGUUCGUAUCUCGACUUCGGGCGCGUGGCCGCUCGCGACUAUGGCACGUACGCGUGCGUCGUACACAGCAACGAUUUAGUCUCAAGGAGUUACGUCACUGUGCAUUACAAAUAUGGUGGUACGUCGAUGUUAGACUGGUCUGGCGAUAGUGAUGUACCGUGGAAGGCUUUGGUUCUGGGCACUGUCGCUGGAGCGUUGUUUAUUGCCUCGCUACUGAUGUUGCAUAAACGUUGUACACCGCGCUUGCUACUAGCGCUUAGACAAGCGCGCGCUAGAACCUCUACUGCUGCACACCGAGCGAGAGUGCUCGAGAAGGAAUUCGAUGUGCUCGUGUGCUGGACUCCAGUGGACGCGGAGCUAGUGAGGGGCGCAUUACUGCCGACGCUCACGCUCAAAUACAAGUACCGAGUCCACGCGACCCAACUCUCCACGCAACCUGACCACUGGUAUACGGAGAUAAUGUCUGAAACGGCCCGGUGUCGUUCCGUGUUAGUGGUGAUGUCGCCCGCUCAGUAUACACCGCAACAUCUGCUCGUUGCAUUCAGACAACUGGCCGCGUUACCCCAACCACCCGUCGUUGUACUACUGCAGGACUUGCCCAAUCUGAAGCGUGAAGCCAAAGAGGUGGGCGAGCGCGCGUGCUCGCUGCUGCGCCGCUCGCGGCUGGUGGCGUGGCGGCACGUGCACGACCGCGCGUUCUGGACGCAGCUCCGGCUGCACCUGCCACUGCCACCGCGCGCGCAACAGGUAAAAUCCGAGACUACGGACAACAAGAAUUCUCGCUCUGGCAGCUUAACGGCAUUAGUGUAAGCGCAUGUUAUCGGGCAGCCCGCGUCCUGUAUAAAUUAGUAAUAGGUUAGUGUAUAACACUAACCGGGCGAAGACUGCCAACGCAUCAAGACUGUGAAUAGUUAAGUUCUGUUAU